AUAAAAUCAUACCCUUAUCUAUGAAUCAAACUCCUAAGUCUAACGACUUGACUUCACACGUCAGCAUUUUUCCGAUACCUCCUUGGCAGGUAAUCAACAAAUACUCAAAUGCAACAACCGUGCAAUCUACGACGUCUAAACCUCCCACUCCUCCUGGACCCCUAACGUAUCGCAUGUUUGGCAAUUAUUUCAAUUCAGAUGACUCAAUACUCAGGUCUCUCGAAUCACAGGAUGUUCGCAGAGUUUACCCUCAAACAUACAACAGGAAGCGGGAACUUCGAAAACUUAACUUCUCAAUUUUGGCAAAUUAUUUGGAUUUGUUGGAUAUAAUUACUCGUGAUCCAAGUUCCCCAAAGCGUCCAGAAAAACUCGAUCACUUGGCCAUUCUUUUUAUCAAUAUGCAUCAUCUUGCAAAUGAAUAUCGCCCCCACCAGGCUCGAGAUUUAUUGCGGGAGAUCCUGGUUUAUCAAGUACAAGUCAAAGUGGCUACAGAAACCGUGCACAAAGCAGAACAAUACUUGGAGCGAUCAGACAAUCUACUUUACGAUACUGGCUGCAAAAUCUCAACUCAUUCUAGUCCAUCCUCACUUCAGAACCCAGUCAAAUCUGUUGGAUCAUCUUAA